ACUUCACUUAGUAGUUGGCACCACUGAAGUAUUGAUAAGUUGUCCUGAAAAUACAAAUGUUAUAAACUAUGGCUUUUUUUAAUAACUUUUAAUAUUAAUAGUAAUAAUAAUAUAAUACCAGGUCUGACAACUUAUUUACCACCAUGAACUCCGCAAUAAACAUUGGAGUUGAAGAUAUGACUUCAACAGUCAUACAGUACGGACUAUACAUAGCUGCAUUCUUCCAAAUUCUUUGCCUGGGUGUUACAAUCUUCACUAACCCAGUCUCCACAGACUACACCAUCGACUAUGGAAGGAAUGACAGUGAUGACGAUGAAGGUGAACACAGCUCUGAGCAAAGCACACCUCAGACUUCCCCUCGAAGGCCACUGCAUCACAGGGUUAGGAAGCCGGAAAAGAAAAAGAGGCGAUAGUGCCAGAUUAUACCCUUUUGUGAUCUAUAAAAAUGUCUCAUUAGGAGUUAAUGUGUUGUAUUACGUAAGUCUUAAGGUAUUUUUACUUUGAUUAAUUCGAUUUUUGUUAUUGUGAUAUUUUGUAUUGAAGUUCUGAAUGUGGUAUUAUUGUAAUAUUGAGUUUAAUGUCCUGUUUUUUUAUUUUAAUAUUUAUAAUGCAAUAAAUAAAUUAUCAUUUAUUAAAGAA